GUUUUUCGCGUCAUCGUGACGUAAGUUCCUAGUUAUGAAUUUACCAUAGUUAGAUAAGAUUAUUGCUGGUAAUUCAACGACUCGUCAGUUUUACCUGCAUUUCUGUACAAGUUGUGCUCGAUUUGUUUGAAUAUCACCUCAGUUCACUCGCGCUUCUGUUUUAUAGUUCGCAAUGGCAGUGGACUGGCUGGGAUUUGCAUACGCUGCAGCGAUUGCGCUGGGAGGCUUUGUGGGAUAUAAAAGAAAAGGAAGUGUGAUGUCAUUAAUUGCUGGACUGUUCUUUGGAAUCUGGUCUGCGUAUGGUGCAUAUAAAAUUACUUAUGACCCCAAUGAUUACUGGACUUCUUUAACUGCUUCUGGUGCACUGGCUGUUGUGAUGGGAAUGAGAUUCAGGAAAUCUGGAAAAUUAAUGCCUGCAGGCAUUAUGACAGCGUUAAGCCUCCUGAUGGUUUUUCGUCUUUUGGUCCUUUAAGAGUGACAUGGACAGACCACAUUGGGACCAUUUGGACAAAAUGAUGUUUACGCAAUAAACAAUGUUUAUGCAGUAGUUGCAAUUUACACUAUUGUGAUUGUGUACAUAAUCUUGUACAUUCCAAAUGUAUUCGUCCUUUUAGUGCUUUAGUUUAAUAUGUUAAUAUGACACUAAGCUUAUUAAUAUUAAAGUGCAUUUAUGGACGAAAUAA